AUGGCAGGUCUUCUGAUGGUUCCGUUACUGCCAGUCCAGGCUUCAGUCGAAAACCCAGCUCUCCUUCCGGGCCCCCCUAUGGGAUUCAACAAUUGGGCCCGAUUCGAGUGCGAGCUUAAUGAGACACUUUUCACAGAGACCGCGGACUCCAUGCUGAGCCGUGGCUUGCUCGGAGCAGGCUAUGAUCGUCUCAAUCUCGACGAUUGCUGGAUGCAAACUGCCCGCUCCGACAACGGCUCCCUGCAAUGGAAUACAACCAAGUUCCCCCAUGGAAUCCCCUGGUUGGCAAACUAUGCCAAAGAACGCGGAUUUCAUCUGGGGAUCUAUGAAGAUGCCGGCAACGAAACCUGUGGUGGUUACCCAGGCUCAUUCAACCAUGAGCAGCAAGAUGCCGACACCUUUUCCAGCUGGGGCAUUGACUACCUCAAGCUGGACGGGUGCAACGUCUACGCUGAAGACGGACAGCCUCUGCUAGACGAAUACGAGACCCUUUAUAGCAAAUGGCAUAAGAUUCUCAGCGCAAUGGCGGACCCAUUGAUCUUCUCCGAGUCUGCGCCGGCUUACUUCAGCGAUAAUGAAACCGAGUGGGCCAAAGUCAUGGACUGGAUCCCGUUCAACGGAGAGUUGGCGCGUCAUUCUGAUGAUGUCCUCGUGUAUGUCGGCGAGGGCAGUGCGUGGGAAAGUAUCAUGACAAACUACGGGUAUCAGAUCCAGCUUGUACGCUACCAGCAGCCGGGCUACUAUAACGAUCCGGACUUCUUGAUCCCCGAUCACCCGGGCCUGACCGAGGACGAGAAGAGAUCCCAUUUCGCGUUGUGGGCCUCAUUCGGAGCUCCGCUCAUCAUCAGUGCUUAUAUCCCCGCUCUCCCCGAGGAAGUAAUUACGUUCCUCAAGAACAAGGAUCUCAUCGCUGUGGAUCAGGAUCCACUGGCACAGCAGGCUGCUUUGGUGACCCGCGACGCUGACUUUGAUGUCCUGACCCGCUCGUUGGCAAACGGAGACAGACUUCUUACCGUGCUGAACCGUGGAAGCAACACUGCGAAGAUCUCGAUCCCGGUAGCGCAGCUUGGUCUGGAUUCCAGCUGUCAGUAUCGCGCUCGUGAUCUGUGGACUGAUACUGUGGAAAAUAUCAAGGGCUCUGUUGAGAUCACUCUUGAUUCACAUGCUACUAGCGUCCAUCGCAUUACACCGCCACGUGGGUGUACAAAGACCACUCCCACUGGGAUGAUCUUCAACACUCCUUCCGGGAAAUGUUUGACCGCUUCAUCAAGCACGGUCGCGUUCAAGACCUGUGAUGCAAUCGAUUCCCAGGUCUGGUCUGUCUCGGGAUCCGGUAGUCGGCUUACUCUGAGCCCGUUGUCAGAUACCUCCAAGUGUCUGGCGGCCAAGGACGGAUCCGUCUCACUUGUAGCCUGUUCAUCUGGCUCUGGAACUAACUGGUCUCAUUAUCUUACGGGUCACCUUAAGAACUCUGAGGGGGGCUGCCUAACUGAGUCUUCCAGUGUCAGUCUGGAAACUUGUGAUCAGGAUGUGGCUGGGCAGAUUAUGGGGCUGCCGAGUGGUAUUCAGCUUGCUGCUGGGCUCUUUUGA